AUACUCCUAAUGGAAUAUGCUAGAUUUGUGUUUCCCCUCUAGUUCGACGGUUAAAUCUGCAACAACAAGAGAGAAAAUAUAGACACAGUUGAUCCCUGUUCCGGUACCCAUCUCCCUUUGAAGCCACUCUUCUAAUUCCCAUUUCCUCAAAUUUAUAUAACUCAUUUCUUUAGAACUACUUAAAAGAUCAGAACUUUAUCAGCUAAGGUGAGAGGGAAGAACUCUAGAGAGAAAGAAUGGCGAGUAGAGAUCUGGAGAGAGAGGGAGGUGCAAAGAACAGGGGGAAUGGCUACCACCCAUCUUCUUCUGCUUCAUACUAUGUGGAUUCUAGUGAAAAGCAAUGGACUUCAUGGCUUGUGCCUAUGUUUGUGGUGGCUAAUGUUGCUAUGUUCAUUGCGGUGAUGUAUGUCAACAAUUGUCCCAAGAAUAAUCUGGGUUUUGAAGGAGACUGUGUGGCUAAGUUCCUUGGAAGGCUUUCUUUUGAGCCCUUGAAGGAGAAUCCUCUUUUUGGCCCCUCUUCUUCUACAUUGGAGAAAUUGGGAGCACUAGAGUGGACAAAGGUGGUGCAUGGACAUCAAGGAUGGAGACUCAUUUCUUGCAUCUGGUUGCAUGCGGGUGUUAUUCAUCUGCUUGCAAAUAUGUUGAGCUUGGUUUUUAUUGGGAUUCGUCUUGAGCAGCAAUUUGGAUUUGUGCGAAUUGGGGUGAUAUACCUGUUAUCAGGACUUGGUGGAAGCAUACUAUCCUCUCUUUUCAUUCAGAGUAAUAUUUCAGUUGGAGCUUCUGGUGCUUUGUUUGGACUUCUUGGCGCAAUGUUGUCAGAGCUUCUUACUAACUGGACUAUCUAUACAAACAAGGCAGCAGCUCUUAUCACACUUGUGGUCAUCAUUGCCAUCAACUUAGCAGUAGGGAUCCUUCCCCAUGUCGACAACUUUGCACAUAUUGGAGGUUUCUUGACCGGCUUUCUCCUUGGAUUUGUUUUGCUACUUCGUCCCCAAUUUGGAUGGGUGGAACGCCAUCACCUACCUCCUGAUGCCCGUGCAAAAUCUAAGCACAAGGCUUACCAAUAUGUUUUCUGGGUGGUUUCUGUGGUCUUACUAAUUGUUGGUUUUACACUGGGACUGGUAAUGCUGUUUAAAGGAGAGAAUGGAAACGACCACUGCAACUGGUGCCAUUACCUGAGCUGCGUACCUACCAAGCGCUGGAAGUGUGGGAAUUGAUGGGGAGCGCACCAUGUCUACCUCUAGACCUUCCCUAAAUCUUUGCUUGCACACAAAUUCUUUCCUUCUUUACAUUUCUUUCCUUAUAUUUAGUUAAUUGGUUUAUUUCUUUUUAUUUUACCUAUGCAAGUAUGUAUAGUUUCUGACCAUCGAGAUUCUCACUUUGGUGUUUGAACAUCAAGAAUUCAAUGUUAUUUCAUACAUGGUUCAUUUGAAGUCGA